CAAAGCCAUACCUCUACCUUCAUACCGAGACUGCAUGAUCCUUAUUUGUUACAACAAGAAGUGCAGCAUCAGUUGAACAUUACUAGCUAGUACUAGUAUUAGUAGUUGGUUUGUUAAGAAAGAUGGAGAAUGACAAGGUGAUGAAGAUGGAGGAGGAAGAGGAAGAAGAACAAGAUCGCAAGCUACCAGCUGUGGAAGACCAUGGGACUAAGAGAGGCAACGAGAAGCUGCCCGUAGGUCCCAGUAGCAGCACUACGUGUGGUACUAGUACGGAAAGAACGGGCAUGGUGGCCGUGGGAGUGACAGUAGCUGCUGAUUCUAUGGUCGUUCCAGCCGUUGCCUCUCUCCCGCAGCGGACAGGUGACCAUGAUACUGGUACCAGUGCCGGUACUACUAGUAGUGCUGCCCUGAUCAAGCAAGACAUGGAAACCUUUGCAGCUGUGACCAAUGCCUUGCCAUCAUACUUGCCUCAGACAAAUCCUCAGACAAAUCCUCAGACAGAGGCAAAAAUGAACAAAAAGCAGCAGUUGAUUCAAGAUGAUUCUGAGCUCAUUCAAUCAUGGGCACAAGCCACUAGCCACAAUGGCACAAGCACAAACACAAACACAAACACUGACACUGCAUCAGCUGUUACUCCCACAGCCAGAGAUAAUUCAAGGCCAGGGGCUUUUCCAGUUGGAAGUUCCUUGUUGGAUCCACAAGCAGCCACAAACAAUAAUCUUGAUCCAACUGACAUGGAAAGGGGGACUCUGCCCGAACAGGAAGAAGACAACAGUGGACUCAUGGAAGCCAAACCAGUCCAAGAAGAAGCAGUCCCCAUUGAACUUCCCACCGCACAAGAAUUUGAUCAGGAACGUCAUAGAGCCACCAAAAGUCGACAGCAACUUGUGCUUGCCAUCAAAGGCAUGGUUGUGGCCAUGGGACUCCUCGUCUUGGUCAUUGUCAUUCCAGUUGUGCUCCUCCGAAAGGACACCAACACUACUACCACCAAUCAGUCUUUGUCAAUGGACGAGGAUCAAUCCACUCCUUCCAACCCUACCGUCAGCACCACCACAACCCCAUCCCCCAAUAAUCGAACACAACUCGAACAGCAAAUGCGGAGUCUGUUGCCACCCGAAACAGUGGAACGGAUCAAUAUAGGAAACACCACGCCACAAGGGCAAGCCUUUCAAUGGCUCGUACAGGAACCACUACCAUCUUAUGCGAAUGAUACAACCACCUUGCCGUACGAUUAUCCUGAUUGGAGACUGGUACAACGAUUCGCCUUGGCCACACUCUAUUCUGCCACCAAUGGACCCAAUUGGUUCAACAAUGAUUUCUGGCUGGAUCAGCAUCAUCCUGAACCUGAUGACAGCAACAGCAAUAGUAGUAAUAGUACUACAGUCCGCCACAAAAGCAGCGAGUGCCACUGGUUCUCACGAUACAGCUUUAACAUUUGGCCCUACGAUCAACCCCAACAAGAGUCUGCUUGUGACGACGACGACAAUCAUGUCUACACCAAGCUAUCUCUGCAUGAAAACAAUCUGCAAGGAGAGUUACCGCCCGAAAUAUACCUCUUGACGUCCUUGACUAGUCUCUCGCUCUAUGCCAAUCCACGAUUGCAAGGAACCAUUUCCACUUGGAUUGGUCAGCUGACAAACUUGCAGCGCUGGUACAUGGCCGGUUUGAAUGGCCUUUCGGGGACCCUUCCCUCGGAAAUUGGAAAGCUCACCAACAUACAAGACAUUAGCUUGAUUCACAAUCGACUCACCGGAACCAUCCCCACCCAUAUUGGGAGACUUGUCAACUUGACCAACUUUUUUGGAGAUGGCAAUCACUUGACGGGGACACUCCCUUUGGAAAUCGGUGGGUUGUCCUCCAGUUUGCGACACUUUUAUUUGUUUGGCAACACAUUGACAGGACCGCUGCCUUCCGAGUUGGGGAAUCUGGCCGUUGUCGAACAGAUUGCCCUGGAUGUCAAUGCCUUUUCGGGGACCCUUCCCACCGAAAUGGGUCGUCUUACCAACCUGGACAUUUUCAAUUUGGGGGAAAAUAACUUUGUGGGACCCAUUCCUAGUGAACUAGGUCUCUUGACGGCCAAACUGGGACAUAUCAAGCUGUUUGACAAUCGGCUAUCGGGGACACUGCCAGUGGAGCUCGCACAACUGUCCUCCACCUUGCAGCAGCUACGAAUACAUCACAACCACUUUUCGGGGACCCUCGCCAGUGAACUGGGGCUCUUGACAAACCUGGAGCGACUCCUCUUACAAAACAAUAGCCUAUCUGGAUCCCUCCCUACAGAGCUAGCAGCAUUGAGCACGGACCUGCUAGUGAUGGAUGUUAGUGGCAAUCCCGGCUUGUCCGGGACUAUUCCAGAUGCUCUGUGUGAUGUUGGGUGGAAUAUCACCUGUCCCUAUUCCUCAUGGGAAUGCAAGCUGUCGUUUGAUUGCUCUGUGGAUCUUUGUGGUUGCGACUGUGCAUGCUAGCAAAAAAAGUGGUAGAGUUCGAAUCAACGAGAAGGCUCCUUCUUAUUCUUAUCGUUCCAGCGUGCCCAUGGGCUGUAGCGCGAAACUAUGUAGAUAACACGAGUUGUACGAUCCGAGCGAUGUAGCCGAUAACUUGCAACGCAACGAUCCCAUGCUCGUGGCUGCUGUUUGAGAGAGAAAAGUUUCCACGGUGCGAACUUCCACGAAGUAGAAAACGGUAGAUUGGACCGCCCGCGAUGACGCAUCGUAUCGAAUGACAGGAUUCCAUCAACAGUUUCGUCGCCCCGACGAACUCUCAUUCUAGUACAUGUGGAACUCUAAGGGUUCCGUGCAACAUUUGACCUACGAUGGCAGCAGCAACAGCGCACUCAAUGAUCUCAAGUGUCGGACGAAUGUCAAGCAAUCAAACCUGUUAAUUAAGUGCAACAUGAAAACUAAGUAACUUUCUAAAGGGUGGUAUUUCUUAAGGACUCGAGGG